UAUCUUCUAAUUUUUUUUUUAGUAAAGGUAUAUUGAAUUUGCAUUAUAAAUGGAUAGUGAAAAAAAAUGCUUAAGCAAUGGUUUUUGAAUCAAUUGUUGCAGAUUUGUUGAACAAAUACCUUGGUCAAUAUGUGAAGAACUUGGAUGCUUCCCAGCUAAAGAUAGGAAUAUGGGGAGGAAAUGUGGUGUUAGAGAAUCUAGAGUUAAAAGAUACAGCUUUGGAUGAUUUAGACCUACCUAUCAAAGUUGUACGUGGUUACUUAGGUAGGCUUGUAUUAGCUAUUCCAUGGAAAAAUCUUUAUCAUGAAGCAACAAUAGUUGAAAUCAAUGACCUUCAUAUUGUCAGUAAACCAAAUUUUGAUAUUAAAUACAAUAAAGAAAAAGAGGAGAAAGAUGAGUUUGAGAGAAAGAAACGACAAAUUGAAAAUAUAGAAGAGGCUCGACGUGUAGAAGAAGAAAAAAAGAAAGCAAAAAGUGAACAAAAAGAAGACCAAGAUAGUUUUGUGGAAAAACUUGCAACAAAUAUUAUUAAAAAUUUACAAGUGACAAUCAAAAAUAUACACAUCAGAUAUGAAGAUUCUACAAGCGAUCCAACAGCUCCAUUUGCAGUUGGUGUCACUCUUGGAAGUUUGACAGCUUUGACAACAGAUGAUAAUUUUGUUCCUCAAGUCAUCAAAGAAUCUCUGACCAUUAUUAAUAAGUUAUUGAAGCUUGAUUACUUAGCAUUGUAUUGGAAUUCUAAAGAAAAUUCUCACCUGGAUGAAAAAGAAAAAUGGCUGGAAUUUUCCAGAUCACAAAUAUCAACCAGCCAAACCCAGCCUAAAGCUAUUAAAUAUAUAUUGCAACCAAUCAUUGCAUCUAAAAAGCUAAAGAUUAACACAAAACCUGGCCUUGAUAUGAAUAUUCCUAAGAUUUUCUUCAGUUUAAUAAUGGAAGAGCUUGGUAUAGUUUUAUUUCGAUCUCAAUAUCAUGGCCUUAUGAAAUUGCUAGAAUCAUUUGAACGUAUGAAUAGAAAUAUUCCAUUUCGAAAGUAUCGCCCUUUCAUUUCUCUAAAGGAAAAUGUUCGAGCAUGGUGGAUUUAUUGCAUAACAAGUGUUUUAAAAGAAGAUGUAAAUAGAAGAUUUAAAAUGUGGAGUUGGCAACAUAUUUCAACAUACAGAAAACUCUGUAAGUUGUACAAAAAAAAGUAUCAAGAAAAGUUGGAACAAAAGAAUCCUUCAAAAUCUCUUCUGGCAGAUUUAGAAAAAAUGGAAAAAGAUUUAAACAUUGUUAGCAUUACAAUAUUUCGUCAACUUGCUGAGAAUGAGUUUCUUAGAAGCAAAAAAACAAAAGAAGAGAAGUCUUCAUUUUUAAGUAUAUUUAAAUCAAAAAAAAAAGAUACAAAUGAAAAAAAAGCUUCUAGCAAACUUGAAGAGUUACUUGGAGUAGACAAAGAUGCAGAGAUGGCAAAAUUGUACGAAGCUAUUGGAUAUAGUGAAAAUGAAGUUAUAACAGCAUUUCCUUCAAAUUAUGUUGCCAUGGUUUUUGACUUUCAAUUAAAAUCUAUUUCUAUUGCUUUAAUAGACGACUCAGAUAAAAGGGAUAUUGAAGUUAUAAGAUUUUUUCUGAAUGGAAUUCAUUGUAACGUCAAACAAAGACCAUCAGCAAAUGCUUUAAGAGUUGAGGUUCAAAUGCAAUCACUAAAACUCAAUGGUACCCCUAAUUCAAAUGAUGUACCUCUCAUUAUAAGAAGUAUUUCCAAAAAACUUGAUACUGAUAUGGUGGUUAUGACGUUUGAAACAAAUCCAAUGGAUAAUCAAAAUAUUGAUCAAUCAUUAACCUUAGACUGUGAACCGCUUGAAAUAAUUUAUGAUGCUAAUUCAAUAAACAAAGCUUUUUCUUUCUUUGAACCUCCUCAAGAUGUUAUACUACAAGAUUUACAAAACAAGGCUUAUUCUACAUUUGAAGAGUUUAAAGUGUCUAGCACAGCUGGUAUAUUACAUGCAAUAGAAGUUAGAAAUAUUUUGGAUAUUAGCAUAAAUAUUGAUGCUUCUUAUUUAAUUAUUCCAGAGAAAGGAACAUAUACAGGUUGCAAAGAUAUGGCAAUUAUUGAUUUUGGUAGUUUUCAUUUGAGAAGUGAUCCUUGUCAAAUUCGAAAUUUGAAUGUUAAGGACAUUGAUAAUAUAUCUGAAGUACAAGAAAAAGCUUAUGAUCGAUUUUAUUUAAAACUGAAAGAUCUUCAACUGUUACUGUGUAAAGAAGGAGAGAAUUUUCAAAUUGCAAGACAAGAUUCAUCUUCCAAACUUCAUGUGCUUUAUCCAGUUUCUUUUGAAGGAAGUAUUGCUAAAUCAAUAAUACCAAAUGAUCCACGUCUUAAGCAAAUGAGCAUUUGUGGAGAGUUGUCAAGUCUUGAGCUUGCUGUAUCAGAUAAUAAAAUCAGUCGUACUGUUAAGUUGUUAGAUAGCCUACCAAAAAUAAUAAAAGCUGAUGAUCCUCUUACUGAUAUAAAACCUGCUCAACCAUAUUCUAAGCAAACUUUAUCUGUGCCGAGUGAAACAUUAGUUGGAAUUCCAAUUUCACCAAGCAUACAGAAUGAGGAUGAUGACAGCUCACAGUUCCACACUCCACCAGAGUGUUCAGUUUUGUCUUUAAAUGAUGUUGGUUCAGAACCUCAGUUUUCAUCAGGAAUAGCUAAUCAAAUCAAAAUAGAAUUGAAUUUUGUGGUUCAAAAGAUAAAGUUUUCAAUUUCACUCACCGACAAAAUUACCCAAAAUGAGGAAGAAUGUGUUGAGAUGUAUAUUCAUAACAUUUCAGCAGAGGUACUUUUAAGACGUUGGGACAUGUUUGUUAAUGCAACAGUUGGGCAGUUUGUUUUAAAAGAAAUGAAAUGGGGUAAAAAAGGAAAACCUUUAGAACUGUUUUAUACACCUGAUAAUGCAAAUAUGUUAAAACUAUCUUAUCGAAGGUGCGAGUUUGACCAGUCUUUAACGCUUGGACCUAGUUAUUUUUAUUCUCAAGAAGCACAACUUCGAGCUCUUCAAUUUAGAGAUGAAUUUCAGUCUACACAACAAAUAAUUGAUGUAAGAAUAGCUAUGUUUUAUGUUAUAAUACAUCAAGAAGCUCUGCUUAGUUUAACAACACUCCUCACUCAAAUUCUAGAGCCUUUACAGCUAGCUGAUCAAUCAGUUCCAACAAACACUCUUAAAAAGAGUUUAUCCUCAACUGGUAGUACAUUUAAUCUAUUCAUUGAGGAGAGCUUGAAGUCUAAAGUUGCUGUUAAUAAGGAGGCUGCAGCUGCUAAAGAAGAGCUUAAAAAUAAAGUUGGUAUGCAAGAGGAAAUAAAGAUGAAAGUUACUGCUUACAUGGAUGGUUUAGAUGUUUUAGUUUGCUCAUCUAAGGUAGAUCUAGCACAUUUAACAAUGAAAGGCUUUUCAGCUAAUGUAUUAAUGCAAGACUCAAAAAUAGAAGUUAAAGCAAAUAUGUCAGAUUUACUGGUUGAGGAUAAAGUUGGAGAAACUAAUUUUUCAAAGAUACUCUCCAUGCAAAGUGACCAAGUUUUUGACAUUGAAGUUGUUGUUUUUAAUGAUGCUACCAUUGGUACAAACCUUUAUAACAUGUCUGCAGUUGAUCUUUUAAUUAAACUUGAUGUUGGUCAAAUUAGAGCUGUUUUUUUAAAUCGUUUUGUGAUGGAUGUUUAUUCUUUUUUGGAUAAUUUUGAAAGUGCUAAGGUAGCCAUUUUAGAAGCAGGUGCAGCUGCUAAAGAAAAAGCUACUAUUGCUGUAUCACAACUUCAGAAACAUAGCUCUAGAAAUCAGAUGAUUAUCAAAAUAAAAGCUCCAUUAAUUAUUGUACCUGUUCAUUCAUUGUCAGAACUUGCUUUGGUAAUUGAUCUAGGUAUGCUUUCUAUUUACAAUAACUUUAGACUGAUAAAUAAAGAGAAGCGACCAAAAGAUUAUGUCAUUGUUGAUAAUAUGAUUAUAAAGUUAUCUGAGUUAAAACUUUCAAAAGCUUUAAUUAAAGGUGGCAUUAAUGUUGUAGCUCAUAGAGCUUUGAUUGAACCAAUGAGUCUUAAACUCAAUCUUGCACGAAGUCUAACUAAUGGAAAUCAUAGUAUUCCAGAUAUUGAAUUACAAGGAUCUCUUCAAACCAUUACUAUUGUUGUUAGUGAAGAAGACAUAAGUGUUGCAUUUAAAAUAAUACAAGGAAAUAUUGCAGAAGGACAGUUGAAUGAUCAGUUUAAAGAAACUGAACAAGAUGAUUCCAUUUUGAAUUCAACAAAAGGAAAGCAAGGUACACAUGAUCGAAUGGCAGACAUAAAUGAAGAGCCUGAGAAUGUGAUUGUUUAUGAAAAAACUAUUUUUAAAUUUGAUCUUGAAAAAGUUAUUUUACAGCUGUAUUUGAAGCCUCCUGAUAUGACUUUUGAGGAAGAGUUUUUAGAACGUGACAUAGCUUUGAUGUUAAGUCAAUUUACUAUCGGACAUUUUGGUGUAACUGGAAAAAUUUUAUCUGACAAUUCUAUGUCAAUAUUUUUUGUCUUAGAAACAUUACAGCUUUAUGAUAAGCGCCCAUCAAGUAUCAACUCUCUGACAUGUAUGAUGGAUUACUGUCAAGAUUAUUUGGUUGGACAUACUGAUGCUCGUGUUAAUCAAAUUAUCAGCCAGGAAAAAUUUAUGGUAGAAGCAAACUAUCAGCAAUCCAGCCAAGGAGAUAUAAAUAUGAAUGUUACUUUGAACAAUUUAAUGACAAUUUUAAAUGUUGAAUUUCUCAUGGUAGUUAUGCAAACUAUUUUGGCAAUAAUUCCAAAAGCUGAUACCGAAUAUGUGAAAACUACUGAAUCUCAUACACAUAGCAUUACUUCUAUUGAUGAAGAUAAUGUGUCACUUAUGUCAGAUGCUACAGAGUCUAUACAUGGAACUUCAGCAAAUAAUUAUGAAAUGCGCUUUCAGUUGAAAGUAAAUAAUCCUCAGGUUGUUCUUUUAGCAGAUGCUAGAAAUCUAAAAACCAAUGCAUUGUUUUUUACAACUGCUGUUUUUUUUCAAUACCUUCAGCUUCAAAAUGCUCAAAAAAUGAUAGCAUCAAUUAGCAAUACUGAAGUAUUCUCAACUGCGUUUAAAAAAGAAUAUCGCUCUGACACCUCAAAAGUGUUAUAUUUGGAUACAAUUAAUUUCCAUAGCUCCACUAAUUUAGAAAGUAAACCCCAAAUGAGCAUUUACACUUCUGUUAUAAAGCUCAAUGUUUCUCCUAAGACAAUUCAUACUUUAUCAGCUUGUUUGAGUCAAACUGUAAUGCCUGAAAACAUAGAGAUAACAAGAGAAAAGCAAAAAACAAUGUCAAAACUUUGGGAAAUAAAUGAUGUGUCUGGAAAAAAACUAUGGUAUUUAAAUACACCUCCACAGCACAUUCUUAGUGCUGGUAGCUUUGUUUUUGCACGAAUGGAUAAUGGAAGUUAUUUAAAUGGCUUUUUAGCAAAUAAAGAUACUCACUACUUAGUUUAUUUUUAUCCAGAAGGUUCAAUUAAGCACUCUGUUGCUGAUAAUACAUCUGUUGUACUAGAUAUGAUCCCAAAAGAAUCAGAAUUGUUGAUUGGAGUAAAUGUAUUAGCUCUUCACUCUCAUGAGAAAGGGUGGCAAACUGCAAGAAUUGUUGCUAUUUGGAAUGGUGAACCAGAGGUUGCUGAAGAACUUAUUGAAGAUAACUUUGAAGAGUUUUCUCCAACUCACGAAAAAAAUACUAUAAACAAGUAUCUUAUUAGAUUUUACUAUGAUUGCAUUGAAAAAUACCAUGUUGCAGAAGAACUAAGAGUUUUACCUUUUGUCAAUAAAGCUGGUUCACCUGGUCUCGGUGCUUGUGUAUAUGCUCGGUACAAAGAUGGAUUUUACUAUAAAGGAUUUGUUAAAAGGAUUAAAGAUAAUCGAUGGUAUGUUUCACUCUACGAAAUUAAUGAAGAUGUUGAUCACGAUAUUGAUGAUCCUUCAGCUGUUAUACUAAAUAUCAAUCCUCAAGAAUACCAAGUCAAAAAAUUAUUUAAAGUUAUUGCUAGUAAAUCAGAGUCUGUAAAAGGAUAUCAUCCUGGAAAAGUUGCUGCCAUUAAAGGAAAUCGUGGUUGUUUAAGUUAUCUUAUUCACUUUGAUGAUGAUACUACUAAUCAUGUUCCAUUGACUAAACUACUGUUGUUGCCGAAAGCUCCUUUUGAUGCAUUACCUACACCUGGAACCUAUGUUUACUCACUUGUUGCUCGCGAUAAACCUGUUUAUGAAAAAGGAAUUGUUGCUGAGCUUGAUGAUAAAAUGAUUUACAUACAUCACUUGAGCAAACUAAAAAUAGCUCAUGAUCGUCACAAUACCGAGUUUGUUGUUCGUAACAUAGUUCCUUUAUCAUCUUCCUUGCGAAUUGGUCAAGAUGUGAUUGCACAAAAAGAUUCAAGUGAUCUUUGUAUGCAUUUAGCAAAGGUUACAGAUAUUGUUGAAAGUUCAAACACAAAACAUUUUUAUGUUAAAUUUACAGAUGGUUCUAUAAAAAAAGUAAAUUUAGGGAAAAUUAGGAUUGUACCUAAAAUUGGCAUGUCAGAUUCAGAAGAAAAGCAAACAAGUGAUACUUCCUCUAUAAAAACUGAGCAUUUGCUUAUUGAUGUUGAAGGAAUUUGCCUUCGAAUUGAAGGUUAUCUUGGAGGCCAGCUAACUCCAAUGAUGCGGUUUGAUUUGAAAUUACAAGCUGAUGUUUUUGAUUGGACUGGAAAAGUUAGUGGGAUGUCUACAUUAUCAAUGCAAGCUAGUUACUACAAUGAAUCUGUUGCAGAGUGGGAACCAUUAAUUGAACCAAUAGCUGAAAACAGAAAAGAAAAACCAUGGCAACUAAGUAUAGAGUACAUAACACAAAAGGAUAAUAUUCAAGAUGAGACUGCGUUACUGAUCAAACCUAUGGCUGUUCUUAAGGCUGUAUCAUAUGAUUGUUUAGAAAUGACACUUACCAAAUCUAGUAUUUCACUCUUGCAAGAUCUCGGAAAGUUAUUUAGUGAUGCUUAUGAGUGUUCAGAGGAUGUUCCAAAACCUGUCUCACUAGCAAAAGAUCCAUUUAUUAUUCAAAAUAAGACUGGGAAAAAGGUUACAGUUGAACUGAAUGAUUGCUUACAGACUUCUAGUGGUGAAAGACAUAUAGUUCUAGAAAAUUCAACUUCAGUUGGUUUUGAAGAAGUAAAGAUUAGGAAAUCUGGUGAAAAAAGAAUUAAACGUCCACUUAUUUCCAUUCAGGUUGAUGGUUUUCAACUUAUUAAAAACAUUGUUAUCAAACAGCAGCGCAUUGUUAUCUAUGAUCUUGUACCUGAUGACAAUUCUGGUAGUGAAGCAUAUUCUGUUGUCAUUGAAGUUACGACAAAUGAUGGACAGAGAUCUAUUUAUAUUCGUUCUCCCUUGCAGAUCAAAAAUCAUUUUCCAAUGCCAAUUGACAUAUUAUACAAAAAUAAAGACAGUGAAAACAAGCUGCUUGCAAAAGUAGAAAGUAAAUGCACAUAUGCUGUACCUCUAAUACCUGCUUAUCAUUGUUCUUUUUAUUUAAAGCCAUCUGGUUUUAUAUAUACUCACACUACCAUACCAAUAGUUUGGAAUGAUUUUGCUGUUGAAAAGAAAAAGUUGCUAAGUUGUAUUAAUUCAGAAGAUGAAAGUUUUCCUUUUUAUAUCCAGAUUGUUGCAGAAGAAGAAGUUUAUGCUUCUAUGCAUGGAAAAUUGAAUGCAAUACCAAAGUAUCUUAUUAAUUGCUAUCCAUCAUUUACUCUACAUAACUACUUGCCAUAUACAAUCAAAUAUAAAACUCCGGGGAUGACACAAAUGGAGUGUUUGAAUGGUGGUAGUUCGUGGCCAUUGUUUACAGUUUCAACUGACCAACGAACAGUUAUAAGUGUAGAAAUUUGGGAUUACUUUCUAAAAACAUGGCAUGGUGAUUUUAUAGCAAGCGGAAUUACUGAAAAUUCCAAAACAGCAACAUUUAUAUUGAUUUCCGAUGAUAACAAACCUGAAAACAAUGAAAAACUAGAACUUAAAAUUUAUACAGUUAUUGAUGGUGGAAUUCAUAUAACAUUAUAUUCUCCAUAUUGGAUGCUAAACAAAACGGGGAAAACACUUAUUUAUCAAGCUAUUGGAAAUGAUGCUACAUUUGUUCAUCCAACUGGAAAAGAAGAAGCUCUUAUGUUUAAUGUUAAAAAAAAAAGUUCAAAAAAAGCACGUAUUUGUGUAGAAAACUGUGAAUGGUCUGAUGUAUUUUCCUUGGAUACUGUAAACAGUGGUGGUGCACUUAAAUCAGAAGGUUUACGAAAACGAAUGUUUGAGAUUGGAGUUGGCAUUAGUCUAUCUUAUUUUUCUCUAACAAAGAUUGUCACUUUUACACCAUUGCGUGUUCUAACCAAUCAUACUAAGUAUUCAAUUAGUAUGGCAGAAUCGGGUUCUGAAACCUCAGAAUGGCAUACAGUCAAACCAGAUGAGAGUAUUCCAUAUUGGCCUACUUGUCUUCCUCCUAAAAAUUUGUUUCUCAAUAUUAAUGGGUUCAGCUCUGUAAACUUUGAUCCCUUACCAGGUCAAACUCUUCUUUUAAAGUUUCAAAACGAGAUAGGAGGUAUUUGUGUGAACUAUCAAGAAAAAGAUUCUACAUCACUUAUUUCUUUUAAACCUUAUUUUUCUGGGUCUGCACCUGUGCGUGUUGAAAACUUGUGCAAAAAAAUUAGUAUGAUCAGUUACAAGCAAACUGGAUAUUUUAAAGGACAUGUUCUUCUUUAUGGACAAUCAGUUUUAUAUACUUGGGAUGAUCCUACAUUAUCUCAUGAGCUGACUUGUGGUUUGAUUGAAGUUGCUGAUUCUCUAACUAAAAUAACACUUGACAAAAAUGAUUUUGGACGUAUAAAAGCUCCAGUAGGAGGUGCUAUCUAUUGGGUUACUUUUCUUGAUGGGCUUCAGCGUGUGCUGCUAUUUACAGAUAAUUUUAAAUCUGCUUAUUGUGCAAAUCAGGAGCAAAUUCUUCGAGCAACGCAAGAAAUAGAUAUUAAUUUGGAGGGAAUUGGACUAUCAUUAGUGAAUAGUGAAAAAAGACUAGAAAUAGGCUAUUUGUCAAUAAAAAAGAGCAAUGUUAUUUGGGAAAAAAAGAAAAAUAGUCGUUGGAAGUCAAUGACUCAUCAAAUGUGUGAAGCAUUAGAAGAAGGUUACCAAAGGUUUCAAAAUAAAGGUUCUAAAAGAGAGAAAAUACUUGAAGUUGAGGUUGAUUUUGAAAAAAUGUUUAUUACAAAACCUGACAAAAUUAAAAUUCGUAGAACUUUUCAUAGUGGUUUUGGAUUUAAGUAUAUAAUUUCUCCGAAUCGAAUGCAAGUCAGCGCUACACUAAGUUCUUUACAGUUUGACAGUCACAUCCCAGGCUCAACAUUUAUGACUAUAUUGCAUGUAGUGGAACCACCAAAAUCUGUUGCGAGUGAUAGUGCACCAAAACCUUUCUUUGAGCUGAGUUUAACUGCAAGCAUUGGUGAAGAAAAUGAAGUUCAUCAAAUCAGCUAUCUGAAGGUUCUCAUCCAAGAAAUGGAUGUUCGUGUUGAUAAAGGGUUGCUGCUUUCUGUGAUGGAUUUACUUAGCAAUGAUAAAAUAAGAGGUUCUGAGAUUAUGCGAUAUAAUUAUGACAUGUCUAUAGUUCUUCAAAAGUUAGAAGAUAGUCCUGAAUUUCAGGCUGCUAAGAAAGACAAAAGAUAUGUCUUUGAUUUUUUCCACCUUUCCCCUUUAAAGAUUCAUGUUAGCUUUUCAAUGACUGGUGGUCAUUCUAUUGAAGGAAGUGACUCUACUAUUGCACACGGACAUGUAUUAAAUCUACUUUUGCAGAGUGUUGGAGUUGCUUUUACAGAAAUUCAAGAUGUUGAGUUUAAGUUAGCUUGUUUUGAAGUUAAUUCGAUGCUACUAAGUAGCUCUCAGUUAACCAGUGAAAUCAUGAAACAUUACCAAAGUCAGGCUAUCAAUCAAUUAUAUGUAUUAGUAUUAGGUCUGGAUGUUCUUGGAAAUCCUUAUGGUUUAAUAACAGGUGUUGGAGCUGGUGCAAAGAAUUUUUUCUAUGAACCAUAUCAAGGCUUAAUUCAAGGACCAGAAGAGUUUGCUGAAGGUUUAGCAUAUGGUGUUAAAAGUCUUGUUGGAGGAACUGUUGGUGGUGUCUCAGGAGCUGUAUCUAAGAUUACAGGAACUGUUGGUAAAGGUUUGGCUGCUCUGACUAUGGAUGAUGAAUAUCAGCAAAAAAGAAGACAAAGAAUGAGUCAAAAACCUACCAAUCUUGGCCAAGGACUUGUAGAAGGUGGAAAGGGUUUGGUUAAGGGUAUUUUUUCUGGUGUCACUGGUAUUGUAGUAAAACCUUAUGAAGGUGCAAAAGCAGAAGGUGCAACUGGUUUUAUUAAAGGAAUUGGGAAAGGAUUAGUAGGUGUUGUUGCAAGACCAGUUGGAGGUGUGGUAGACAUGGCCAGUAGCACAUUUGAUGGUCUUAAAAGCACAACAAGUGGUGUAAAACGUAUAUCUCAUAAUCGUGUACCAAGGGUUUUUCAUGCCGACAAGGUUUUACGAGCUUUUAAUGAAUAUGAAGCUGAAGGCAAUCAAAUAUUAAUGGAAGCUGAUAAAGGGCGUUAUGCAAAAAAUGAAUAUUAUAUGGUACAUAUCUACCUUGCAGAUUUAAAAAGUUAUCUUAUUUUGACAAACACAAGCAUACUUUUAGUUAACCGCAAUGAAAUUUUACAUGAAUGGGAAAGUUCAUGGAAGCUUGGCUUUUCAGAAAUAAAAGAUGAUCCAGUCAUUGAUGGAAAUAAAAUUACAUUCAAUCUCAAUUCACCGGUUCAUCGAAAAUCAGUUUUCAAAAAAACAGUUAAUUCUCGCGUUGUUACGCUGCAGACGGAUGCUGUUGCUAAGUGGUUUGUAUCAAAAUUCGAAGAUGCUAAGAUUUUGUAACGACGCUUCAACAACUUUGUUUGUGUUGCAGCACUUUUUGAUGCAUUUAUUAAAUACAAUUUUUGUAUUUUCAAAGGUCUAAAUAUUAUGUAUUUUCUUAUAAAA